CUGGAGUACAAAAGUAGUGCGAUUUCCUGACUCGUCCUGAUGUGAUCCAAUCCAAAAAAAAAGGAAAGGGAUAAUAACAUUUUUCUGAUUGAAAACUCCGAUGUAAAGAUGUUCUUGGACAGGAAGUAGAGACGAGUGGCAGCCGGCAUGUUAUUGUUGCUGAACUUGCGUGUACGUGUGUGAUGAUGCCGAUAUUAGCGUACUAGGUGGUAUAUCGACACUGAAGGUAGAUAGAUAAUUGCAGGUGACCUUCUACUUGAGCCUGAAAGACAAGAAAAAUGGAAGAAUACCGACGAAUGCAGCAGCUGCGGUUUGCUGCGCAUAAACAGACUGAAGGUUCUGGGCAAGGACCCUCUAGUGCUUCUGCCUCACAUCAUGAUGGAGUUAAUGGGCAAGCUACUUCUAUGGUCGUGGUGCGACCAGCAGGAGCUCAACACACUCCAUCCUCUGGCUCACAACCAGCACAAGCUCAUGGACACCAGAAUGUACAAGGACAUCUUCCUGGACAGGUCCGACCUCCUGCUGGACAAGCACAAGCAUCUUCUGGGGCACCGAAAACUGCACUGGAUAUAUUCAAAGAAAAACAGGCGCCUCAUGGCGUAGUCCGUCUGCUAACAUGGAAUAUUGACGGCCUGGACGACUCAUGCGAUGAUAUCGUAGAACGACUUGUAUUAUGAAUGUCAUCGUGGUAGAACGACUUGUAUAAUUAUGAAAUGAGCGGCAUCAGUACGCCAUUGAUCCAGCAUCUUGAAAUAGAAUUUUAGAAGAAAUAGGAAAAUUUAUAACUUCAAUACGCCAUUUGGUCUUCCUUCCAGUACAACUACAUGUCCUUGCCCACGUUUAGAAUCUGAUUUAACAACUAUUUUGAUGAUCUUCAUCAUUUUCUAAUGAACAAUGGCGUCAUUGACUCUAUAGUUGAGCUUGCGCCGUCCAUCGUGUUGCUGCAGGAGGUGAUUGACCCAACGUUGAAAGUUCUACGCCGUUUUCUGGACCCUCUGUUCCAUAUCCUCGCUCCGACGCCAACCCUGAUGCCAUAUUUCUCCGUCAUUUUGCUUCAGAAGGGUCGCUGUAAGAAAGACGAAGCUGUCAUGUCGUGGUCGUCUUCUUCUACAUCUACGGUACCUCCACAACUUCAGCGGACACGUUUUCCAACUACAAGGAUGGGUCGGGAAUUACUCUCGACGCGCGUGAGCGUAGACAGUCUCUCUCUCCAAGUCUGCACAGCGCAUUUGGAGAGCACGAAAGACGGUACUGAGGAACGAAAACGCCAGUUAGACAUCGUUAUGGACAACUUUCGUCUCUACUACAAAAGAAAAUGUUGACAAGGAGCAGAUGAUGAAAGAUUAAGUAAGGAUCGUCCCUGAGGACCCUUCGCCCGAUCAACGUCGCACUCGUCCACCUCUAGAAUGAUUUGAUCCAUCGUCUCUAAUCUUCCCUUUCAGUACCUGCAACAAGAGAUCUGUCGGACGAGUUCAGCACCUGGUGGAGGAGCCUUCCCAUCCUCCUCAGACGUGGAUCUAGCCCUUUUUGGUGGCGAUUUGAAUCUUCGCGAUGCUGAAGCAAAAGCUGCUCUAGGCAAAAUGAAUCCACCAAAACCUAAAGCCGCUGCCAAGAAAGCCGCACAGAAAUCUACUGCUGCAGCUGGCGCAUUAUCAUCUUCGGUCGAUGGAGGAGCAGCCUCAUCUGUAAAAAUCCAAGACUGUUGGGAACUGGCGGGUUCAGAUGCAGACCAGAAAUUUACGUGGGAUUUGCAACGCAAUAACAAUGCAAAGAUGCCUGGACCCUUUGUGCCGCGUUGUCGGUUCGACAGGCUGUUUGCAGCGACGACGGUGGGGAAUACAAGCAACUUGUAUGAUGAGGCCACUGAUUUUCGAGAAUGUUGAUUGAUGAAGAUGAUCGAGGAUGAAAGGGAAUGUAGUUGCUCCACCUCCUCCAUCUAAGUACUUAGGUAGAAGGGAAUAAAGGGCGAAUGAGAACGACAUUCGUCACUCUUCAACAUCACAAGUGACACAACUCGUAAUAAUCAGUGGCAUCAUUCAUAGUUUGGUCUGUAGCAAAUUCCGACUAGUGGGAACGCGAAGAUUGCCCCACGGUCGCUUUCCUAGCGAUCAUUUUGGGAUUCUAGCUGAGUUUCGUAUGGCUAAGAGGGAGACGAGUUCCACCCAUGAUCAAUUUGGGUCUUCAAUAUCGCGACCACAAAACGUAGUUUCUGGUGCUACUUCAGGUGCUGCACUUAAUAGUCCUCCUGCUGGAGGAGGGAAGCAGUGGGUGAACAAUAAAGAUGGACCAGUACAAAAGCAGCAGCAGCAGCAGCCGCGACCUCAAGUAGUUGAACCUCCUCAAAGUGGCAGCAACAACAAAGCGACUGGUGCAACUACAACUUCAAGUUCAACAGCAAGUAAAGACCCUGUGAAGAUUGACAUGGUGGUGUCGGACUCAGAAGACGAAGAUGCUGACUCCCCGAAGAAGACCUCCACCACAUCAGAGGUGGAUCCUAAUUUGUUGAAUGCCUUCGUAGCAGCACUAAGAGGCCAGAAGCCUUCGGCGCUAUCCUCAGCCACUGCAAGAACGAUGAGCACGACGACGGGAGCUCCCACCUCAGGGCCCACAAAAAUGAGUGCUGGGACAUCAACUACAUCCGUAGCUGCUGGGACUACAGAUAGUGGUACAACAGCUGCUACCUCUUCUUCCUCAACAACAAGUACAACUUCCGCACCCCAACCCAUGGCCGUGAAUCGGAGAUCUAAGCCUUUCGCGCAGUUGCGAGGAAAGCUCAGCAAAGAGUCAACACCAUCUUAAGGCUCAAUACAAUUCAAAUUUCUAAGACUCAUUUUUCUCCCUAUUAUUUCCUUCUUAGGACCGAUUGGGAAAAAUGUACAUGUAGGCAAGAAAUGAAUUGUUUUGAGCUCUAAGGAACGUUGAAAAAGGCUCGGAUUGAAGACGAAACAAAAGUUGUGGGACGAGAAAAAGAUCAAGUGCUUGAUGAACAUGAUGGUGAAGGCCAAGAUGAUAAUGUGAUCGUGCUCACUGAUUCGGAUGACCACUAAUUCUCUAGAUGCGCAGCAUGUCUUAGUUCUUGUUGUGAAGAAGCAUAUAAAGGUGAACUGUUCUUGAAGCUGAUAUUUUUGACAAUGUGUGAUGAUGAACUCUUAGAACUCGCUCAGAGUUGAACGUCGACUUCAUUGAGCGUGGACUUUAGUUAGGAGUUGAAAACCGCAGCAUGUGAGUGUGCUGCAGCUAGCAUGUGGGUGUAU